AUGGUUGGGAAGCCGUCGAAAGCAGAUAAGAAGCUCGCCUAUGACUCCAAGAUGUGCCAGCUCUUGGACGACUACAGCCAGGUCCUGGUUGUGGCUGCCGACAAUGUCGGAUCGACCCAGUUGCAGAGCAUCAGGAAGGGUCUCAGAGGCGAUUCCGUGGUGCUGAUGGGGAAGAACACCAUGAUGAAGAGGACGAUUAGGGUUCACUCUGGCAAGUCUGGGAACAGAGCUAUCCUCAAUCUCCUCCCUCUGCUUCAGGGGAAUGUUGGUCUGAUUUUCACUAGGGGUGAUCUCAAGGAAGUCAGGGAGGAAAUCGGCAAGUACAAGGUCGGUGCUCCUGCUCGUGUUGGUCUGAUUGCACCAAUUGAUGUGGUUGUGCCUCCUGGAAACACCGGACUCGAUCCAUCUCAGACAUCUUUCUUCCAGGUGCUCAACAUUCCCACCAAGAUUAACAAGGGCACGGUCGAAAUCAUCAUGCCUGUGGAGCUGAUCAAGAAGGGUGACAAGGUUGGGUCCUCUGAGGCUGCCCUGCUUGCCAAGCUCGGCAUCAGGCCAUUCUCUUACGGCCUGGUGGUUGAAUCUGUCUACGAUGAUGGGUCGGUCUUCAGCCCCGAGGUUCUCGAUCUCACUGAGGACGACCUCAUGGAGAAGUUCGCCUCUGGUGUGUCGAAUGUCACUGCCCUCUCGCUCGCCAUUGCUUACCCGACUCUGGCUGCUGCGUCGCACAUGUUCGCCAAUACCUACAAGAACGUCCUGGCCGUUGCUGUGGAGUCGGAGACCGAUUAUUCGUUCCCUCAGGCUGAGCAAGUGAAGGAGUACUUGAAGGAUCCUAGCAAGUUUGCUGUUGCUGCUGCUCCUGCUGUAGCUAGUGGUGGUGCUGCUGCUGCACCUGCUGCUGCCAAGGAAGAGGAGAAGAAACCAGAGCCGGAAGAAGAGUCCGACGAUGAUAUGGAUUUCAGUCUGUUCGACGAUUAA